AUGCUGAAGGGUAGCCUGCUGCUGAAGAUGGAGGUUCCAAAGCUACUGGGGCAGAUCAUAGACAUGUCCACGCAACUUCUGAUCAGGAGGAAUGGCUUGAAAACACCCCCUAAAGAUGCAAUCGUCCCAGCAAUUUUAGCAAGAGCCCUCAUUGCAGAAGGGUGCCGGGGGGUGGUGGUCCGGACGAGCGUGGGCCAGGCCUGCCUGUACCUGGGGAUUCUCUGCCCUCUUGGCAGACGAAUUUCCAGGACAUUUGGGGAAGAUGGGGGAGACAAGCUGUUUGGCAGGCGGCUGCUGCAGGCCGGGCGCUACGUCAUGUCGCACAAGUCCUGGAUGAAGACGGUGCCCACAGAGAACUGCGACGUGCUCAUGACUCUGCCGGACACGACGGAUGACCACACGCUCCUGUGGUUGCUGAACCACAUUCGGCUUGGAAUCCCGGAGCUCAUUAUCCAGAUCCGACACCACAAGCACACGCGCGUCUACGCCCUCUUCGUCACAGCUACCUAUGAGAGUUUGUUACGAGGCGCAGAUGAGAUCGGCCUGCGGAAGCCAGUGAAGGCUGAAUUUGGGGGAGGCACGCGCAGCUUCUCUUGCGAGGAGGAUUACAUCUAUGAGAACAUAGAGAAUGAGCUGCAUUUUUUCACUUCUCAGGAACGGCAGAACGUCAUCAGGUAUUGGCUGGAGAACCUGCGAGCCAAACAAGGCGAGAUGCUGCAUAACGUCCACUUCCUGGAGGGGCAGCCAAUCAUCCCGGAGCUAGCCGCCCGCGGCAUCCUGCAGCAGGUCUUCCCCAUCCAUGAGCAACGGAUUCUCCACCGACUGAUGAAAUCCUGGGUAGAAGCCACCGGCGAGCCACAGCCUCUGGAUGAAAUCUGUGACUACUUUGGUGUCAAGAUUGCCAUGUACUUUGCGUGGCUGGGCUUCUACACAUCAGCCAUGGUGUACCCUGCUGUCUUCGGUUCGCUUCUUUACACCUUUACAGAGAAUGACCAGACCAGCCGGGAUGUCUGCUGCGUGAUCUUUGCCAUCUUCAACGUCAUCUGGUCCACACUGUUCCUGGAAGAGUGGAAGCGCCGGGGGGCCGAGUUUGCCUACAAGUGGGGGACCCUGGACACGCCCGCAGAGUCCAUUGAGGAGCCACGGCCACAGUUCCGGGGGGUGAAGCGCAUCAGCCCGGUGACCAAUGCCGAAGAGUUCUAUUAUCCUCCGUGGAAGCGGCUGCUGUUCCAAUGCCUGGUCAGCCUCCCCGUCUGCCUCUUUUGCCUCUCCUUUGUCUUCCUCGCCAUGCUGGGUUGCUUCGAGCUGCAGGAGUUUGUGCUGAGCAUCAAAGAACUGCCCCGUAUCGUGCGCUUCUUGCCGAAGAUCCUGCUUGCCGUCAUUGUCACUGCCUGCGAUGAAGUUUACAAGAAAAUCGCCUACUGGCUCAACGACAUGGAAAAUUACCGCUUGCAGAGUGCCUAUGAAAAACACCUCAUCAUUAAAAUGGUCUUGUUUCAGUUUGUAAAUUCAUACCUAAGUCUUUUUUACAUCGGAUUCUACCUCAAGGACAUGGAGCGCCUCAAGGAGAUGCUGGCCACCCUGCUCAUCACCCGCCAGUUCCUGCAGAACAUCAAGGAGGUCUCUCAGCCCCACCUCUACAGCAAGUUCAAGCGGGGGGACUUCAGCAUGCAAAACCUCCGGGAGGUCACCCACACCCUCUUCCGGCUGCUCACCCAGAAGUACACCUUGGCCAGACCUCUGGGGGCCGAGUCUCGGCCCCGACGAGGCCACCCGCAGGCGGGACAUGGGCCAGAGCCCCCCGAGGCGGCCGAGGGGGUCCCCAAGGGGGAGAAGAAAUGCCUGAAUGGUGGGUGUGGGGUCCCCGAGGACGAGGAGGACGAGGAGAAAAAGGAGUCCGACUCGGAAGACGAGAGCAUCCUCGACUGUGGGCUGAAGCUCAAGAAGGUGAGCUUUAUUGAGAAGGCCAACCGGAAGUCUGGGGAGUUCAGGGGCCUGGAGGAGGUCAGCUUCUCGGAAGAAGGCAGCCCCACCAUGGUGGAAAAGGGGAUGGACCCGGCCUCCGUGUUUGAGCUGUGCGAAGAUGACGAGGAGAGCGACGGGCCAUUGGGGAGUCUCGCGGAGGGCCUGCCAGAGGCCAAAGAGCCCGCAGUUUUCAUGCGAGCCCGGAGGCCACGAGGCACCAAGAACCUGGUGGAAGGCGAGGAGGAGGAUGAUGAGGAGGAGGAGCAGAAGCCCAUGAGGACCUCUUGGAUUGACCCGCCGGAGGAGGACUACACCACGCAGCUGGCCCAGGCCGAGGUGGAGAGCUGCAUGAAGAAAUAUGAGGACACGUUCCAGGACUACCAGGAGAUGUUCAUCCAGUUUGGCUACGUGGUUCUCUUCUCCUCGGCCUUCCCGCUGGCCGCCAUGUGCGCCUUAAUCAACAACGUCAUCGAGAUCCGCAGCGACGCCUUCAAGCUCUGCACGGGGCUCCAGCGCCCUUUUGGGCAGCGUGUGGAAAGCAUCGGAGAGUGGCAGAAAGUAAUGGAGGCCAUGGGCAUCUUGGCGAUUGUGGUGAACUGCUACCUGAUUGGUCAGUGCGGGCAGCUGCAACGCCUCUUCCCGUGGCUGAGCCCCGAGGGGGCCAUCAUCUCUGUCGUGGUGCUGGAGCAUUUUGCGUUCUUGCUCAAAUAUAUCAUCCAAGUGGCAAUUCCGGACAUCCCGGCCUGGGUGGCGGAGGAAAUGGCGAAACUUGAAUAUCAGCGACGUGAAGCUUUCAAGAAACACGAGCGGCAGGCCCAGCACCACUUCCAGCAGCAGCAGCGGCGCAAGCGGGAAGAGGAGGAGCGCCAGCGCCACGCCGAGUACCACGCCCGGAAGGAGCGGGAGAGCGGCCGGGAGGAGGGCAAGGCCGACGGGGGGGCGCCGGACCCAGCCCACGAGAAGAGCCUGCCCAAAGGCAAGGGCACCGGUGGGUCGGGCCACGGCUCUGAGAAGCCAAAACGGCCCAGCUCCCUCCUGGCUACCAACAAUGUGAUGAAGCUGAAGCAGAUCAUCCCACUGCAGGGCAGGUUUUUGUCGGGGGGCGCUGGGGCGGGGGCCACGGGGACGGCCCGCUCCCCGCAGUCCCCCACUGGCACGGACAACAAACUCCCGGGCUUCCUGAGUUUCAAGUUCCUGAAGUCCCCAGAGACAAAGCGGGAGGCCGGUACGGAGAAGGUGCAGUCUCCCACCAAACCUUUCAAUCCCAGCAAACUGUUCAAUUUCAGCAAGUCGGAGGGGGGGAACGGGGCUCCUCCACCGCCACAAGCCCCAAGGGCCGGCCACAUGGCAGACCCCAGCGAGAGGCCCCCGGCCAGCAGGUCGCACCUCAACGGGAUGGUGGCCGAGGAGAUGGCUGAGGAAUCUGAAAUCCGAACCAUGGUGGAGGAGGAGGAGGAGGGUCCGAGCCAUAAACUCUAA